UAUAAAUAUGUAGCAACACAUAAAAUAAAUAUGAUGUUGGCAUAAAUCAUUGAUAACAAUAAAAAAAAAAAACGUAACGCAAAACAUUAGGCAUUGGAUUAUUUUAAAAGUAAUUAAAAAAAAUACGAUUUUAUAUGACAGAAACAAAAAUACAGAAAUAAGUAUGUAUCUGUAAGAGGAAAAGAAAUGUAUUGUCGCUUUUACAUAUUACCAAGGCAACAACACCAGUAAAUAAGUACUACGUUCAUUUCGUUUCCUUAUAUCCACAACGGUUACGAAGUGCCACAAAGUAUCUUCUUUUAUUUAAUGAACACAUUAGAUCUAUUUAUUAUAGUUCCAACAAAUUUACGUAUUUUUAAUUAUUAAAAAAACGUUAAUUGAAAAAUGUUACGGGCACCUGCAUUACCUUGUCUGCCUGGAUUCAGCUUUGAUAGGAACCUCGGCCGUACAAAAUUUCAUAGAAGUCAAUACUUCGACAAAAUACAUAAUGACGUUUAUUAUCUUACGGAAAAGAAAUCCGAUUUCGGUCGUUAUCCAUCGAUUUACCCACGCGGUGAAGUACAGGAAUUACCACCAUGGAUAGCAUACGACGGCCAAAGAUUGAUGUUCGAAGCGUAUUACCAAGAGACCGUACAAGAAAGAUGGAAAUCUUCUUUUCAAAUUCGCGUGGUUACGAUAAGCUUUUUCUUAGAAGACGGGACAAUGAAAAUAUCGGAACCAAUCGUAGAUAAUAGUGGCUUAGAACAAGGUGUUCUGGUAAGACGUCAAAGAAUUCCAAUGCCUGAUCCAAUAAGAUACAAAUUUUAUGAUAUUAUCGAUUUAAAUAUCGGCAAAGAACCAGAGAUAUUUGGUAGGGUAUACAAAAUCGUAAAUUGUGAUAAAUUUACAAGACGAUUUUUAAAUCGCAUGGGUAUACCAGUACCGGAUCCUAUAAAAAUCCCGAUAGAUCCAUACAUUGAAGCACGAAAAAUCCCAGCCUUUCCAAAAAAACCAAAAAGUCAUAAACUCGAUCAUCUUCGUAAUUUUCUAAAGUACGAUAGACAAGUACUUAGAUUUUAUGGAUAUUGGGACGAUACAGAAAGUGUUCAUGGUAUUAUACAUGAUCUUGAAAUUCAUUAUUAUCUUGCUGACGGUACGAUGGAGAUCAAGGAAAAUGUAGCAGCCAAUUCUGGAAGAGAUUCUGGAUUUAUGCUUGUUAAAAGAAUGAAAAUACCAAAAUUUUAUUCGGGUUUGGAUCCAAUCGGUGCGGGUGAUCCCUAUACGAUUUUGAAUGUAAUAGGUGAUGAUAUUAAUCAAAGCCAUAUGAUGAUAGACGCCUUGAAUACGGGAGAAACGAAGAAAGUGUAUUAUAAGGAUAAUGAAUUAUCUAUAGGUGCUAAAAUGAAUAUUUUUGGAAGAAUUGUCAUUAUAACGGAUAUGGAUGCAUUCACAAAGGAAUAUUACAGAAGCAAAUAUGGCUUAAACGAUUUUACUGCAUUGGAAAAACCGCAAAAGAAAGAUGAGAUAUGUCAACCGGUAGAGAAAUAUAUACCACCGUAUAAUGGCUUCGGUACUUACGAAGAUUCACUUGGAAAUUGUCUAUCAAUAAUACCGAAAGCACCACAAACAGAUUUUAUUAAAUUUUUAUAUUACGAUAAGCAGGGCUUCGACAGUCAUGUUUUAAGAUUCAGAGCACAAAUGAUUUCGAAAAUACCAGAAAAUUUAGAGAGACAAUUUAUCGUAAGAUAUUAUCUUACAGAUGAUUCGAUAUCUAUAUUUGAAUUGACGAAAAGAAAUUCAGGAUUUAGAAGGUGUUUAUUUUUGAAAAAAAUGCCUGUAAUGCUUCCUAAACAGAAUAUAUUCUCGAGUAAAAAGCCAGAAUAUUAUAAGCCAAAAGAUUUUUAUAUCGGAGCAUGCUUGAAUAUACAUGAGUUUUAUUUCUCGAUUAUAUCGGCCGAUAUUUAUGCUCUUCGUUACAUGGAAUUAAAUAGUAAAAUGUUUCCAAAAGCAAAUAUCAAAUUGAUCAUGGAAAAGCUUAAAGAAACAUUAACGCCUGUAUACAAGGAAUUUAUUCAAAAUCAUUCACCGUCUUCAAUCCCGGCUGAUCAUAAAGUUCAAACGUUGGAGUAUGAUAAAUUUAAAAAGGCAUUGUGCAUAUACUUAGGGGAUAAAAUAACGGAACACGAAAUAAUUACAAUUGCCAGGCAUUAUUCCUCUCACGAAAAGAAAGAAUUUCAUACGAGAGAAUAUGUUAGACAAUUGGUUCACACUGAACUUCAUCGAAAUAUAUGGAACGAAGCUGUACGAUUAAAGGAGGAUCUUUUGCAUUGGGAUAGAGGAAGAACCGGUUACUUACCUCGAAACACGGUUUAUACUGUUUUACGUAGUUGCAGAAUACCUCUUGACAUCGAACUGAUAAAUUCGAUAUUGGAUCACUUACGCAAAGAUACGGAUGGUAAAAUAGAUUACAACGAUCUAAUGGAAUUUAUCGACGUCAAAAUCAAUCCUUUGCCUCCUGCGAUUCCUAUAAAUAUUAAGACAGCAUUAUGGUGGGCGUCAGAGAAAGAACCGGAUUGUGGAGCCGGUAUAGAUUGGCAUUGCUUUAUAAAGGAUCUCAAUAUAAAAAGCCACGAUGACACGUUAGAAUUCAACGAAGAUAAAGAAAAAGAAAAUUGUGAAACGAAGAAAUGAAAUAUUAGCACACCUAAUAAAAUGUUAUUUAUUUUGCAGAUUGAUAUUUCUAACGUAAAACAUGAAAAUCGCGCGAGCGCGCAUGCUCCAUUCUAUUUACAGUAUUUUCGAGCUACGAUAUUAUACUUAUCGACAUACUAAAAUGAUACUUAUCAUUUAUCGCAUCAUUUCGCUACACGAUAUCUAAUUUUAUACAGAAUAUUUAAUUAUACGGACCAAUUAAAUCAAAUACAAAUAUACGUAUGACAAUUCUACGUACACACGAAAUACAAUCGUUCUCUAUACCGUUUCGAUUAGAAAAAUUAGUCGUGCCUAUAUUAAUAUUAACUAUAUUACGUCUAAGCAACGACAUAAAAGACACGGUACGUAAUAAAUAUUGCAGAAAAAUGCAUAAAUAAUAUUAUCUCGUAAAAGAGAUUAAUUCGUAAUCUUUUGUAAGAUCCGAUAGUUCAAUUGCACUCGUAUGUCUCCACGAUUCUUCUACAUGUCUUGCACUUGACGUAGCAGCAACUUAUGUACUUGCAAUUGCAUCUUUCGAGAAUCUCUUCGGUUCUCGUAACGUGACCUCGACCGCAACAAAGAUACUCGCAACCCUCGUAACCCGUGCUACUGCCAUUACAUUGUCUGUAAUCAAUCAUUAUAACAUACAAGUAAUUAUAAUUAAUAUUAAAUAUUUUGAUGAACAUUU